AUGGCAGCACCAAGCCUCGCGCUGCGACGACCAGCGCUUCUUUCAUCGUUCGUCAAGUCAGCCGCGCCCUCCCGAACACAUUGGAAAUACCCCCUCUCCACUCGCUAUGAUCAAUCGCCCCUGGCACCGAGCACACAUUCAUUGCAAAAACGGCACAGUUCAUAUUCAGGACCGGCACUGGGUGACAAUGGCAAGCCGCGGAAGAAGGUUACCAUCCAAACAUUGCGGAAUCUGUACAAGAAAGGCGAGCCGAUCGCCAUGUUAACGGCGCAUGACUUCCCCAGUGCGCACGUGGCAGAUGCGUCGGGGAUGGAUAUCAUUUUGGUGGGCGAUAGUUUGGGAAUGGUUGCCUUGGGAUUGGACAAUACCACGGAGGUAGUGAUGGACGAGAUGAUUUUGCAUUGUCGGAGUGUGGCGCGGGCAGCGAAGAGCGCUUUUAUUAUCGGUGAUCUACCGAUGGGCUCGUACGAAGUCUCCGCCGAACAAGCCAUUGAAUCAUCGCUGCGGCUAGUCAAAGAAGGCCGUGUGCACGGCGUCAAAAUCGAAGGCGGUGCAGAACUCGCAUCUACCAUCAAACGCAUCACACAAGCUGGGGUGCCGGUAGUGGGACAUGUUGGGCUGACCCCGCAGCGACAAAAUGCCCUCGGUGGUUUCCGCGUCCAAGGAAAGUCUCGAGCCAGCGCAUUGGGCUUGCUGGAGGAUGCACUGGCAAUGCAAGAAGCAGGCGCAUUCAUGCUUGUCUUGGAAGCUAUGCCGUCGGAGAUAGCGGCGAUCAUCACAAAAAAACUCCACAUCCCGACCAUAGGGAUUGGCGCUGGCAAGGGCUGCUCGGGCCAGGUCCUUGUGCAGGUUGACAUGACAGGCAAUUUCCAGCCUGGUCGGUUUGUUCCAAAAUUCGUGAAGCAAUAUGCCGAUGUCUGGGGAGAGGCGGCGCGGGGCAUCUCGCUCUACCGGGAUGAGGUCAAGAGUCAUGAAUUCCCUUCCGAGAAAUACACAUAUCCCAUCACGCCCGAUGAACUCGCCGCCUUUGAGAAGGCCGUGGGCGAGAUAUAUGGCGAGUGA